CUGACGGAGGAAAGACUGAGGGUAGAGGGGUCAGAAUUUCUCACCUGUGAUGAUGAUGAGAAGAGCCACUAUGAGUCCUCGGACCUGGAUCUUUUGUGCACUUGUCUGUGUCCUCACAUGUGACCGAAGCACAAAUGCGUACAGAGAGACCCGAAGACGGAGGGUUUCAGAGGACGACUGGGAAGCGGCACCUAAAAAAUGCUCGUACACUUUCUUGGUCCCAGAGCAGAAGAUAACAGGACCCAUCUGUGCCAGCCAGGGACCCUCUCUCCCAGACAAAGAGCGUGUUACGCAGAUGGACAUCACUGACGUCCGGGAGCUCCUGACCAGACAGAGGGGUGAAAUAGACACGCUCCGGUUAGUUGUGGACGUGGACGGAAACAUGGUCAAUGAAAUGAAACUUCUGCACAAAGAGUCACGCAACAUGAACUCCCGUGUUACCCAACUGUACAUGCAGUUAUUGCAUGAAAUCAUUCGCAAGCGUGAUAAUUCAUUAGAGAUUGCGAUCCUGGAGGGCCGAAUCCUCAACGCCACGGCCGAAUCUUUGCGACUUUCUGCCCACUACAGACAGUUGGAAGCACGCUUCUCUGCGCUGGCUGCUUUGGUCAAUAACCAGUCAGUGCUGAUCGGUGCUUUGGAGGAGAGAUGCAUGCAGGUUUAUGGAAAUCACAGACGAGAGCCACUGCCUCCACCUCUUGUACAGGUAGUCCCGGAGAAUAUCCCCGUCUAUGUGCCCCGUUUUUCCAAUGAGAUUCAGAGGGCUCACAGUUGGGCCUUGCCAGGAGACAGAAGUUCCAUGACAGCACCUACAGAAAGCACCCUUGAGCCACAGCUUCCGUCACAGGGCAACUUCACCUUGGAGGGUCCCUUUCGGGACUGUUUGCAGGCGAUGCUGGCAGGACAUGCCACGAGUGGCAUAUAUCUUCUGAAGCCUGAUGGAAGUGAGACGCCCGUACAGGCCUGGUGUGAGCAUGAUGUGGACAGAGGAGGCUGGACUGUAAUCCAGAGGAGGAAAGAUGGAUCGGUCAAUUUCUUCAGAAACUGGGAUAGCUAUAAGAAGGGCUUUGGUAAUGUGGAAGGUGAACACUGGCUGGGUCUGGAAAGCAUUUACAACCUGGGCAGACAGGAAGACUACAAGUUACUGCUGGAACUGGAGGACUGGAUGAAUAAGAAGGUUUACGCGGCAUAUAGCAGCUUUCACCUGGAGCCAGAGAGCCAAUCCUACCGCCUGCGUUUGGGUACCUACCAGGGCAAUGCUGGAGACUCCUUAGCCAGUCACAACGGCAAACAGUUCACCACGCUGGACCACGACAGAGACGCUUUUUCAGGUAACUGCGCUCAUUUCCACAAGGGUGGCUGGUGGUACAACGCCUGCGGUCAAAGCAAUCUGAAUGGCGUGUGGUACUCCGGGGGAGUUUAUCGCAGCAAGUUUCAGGAUGGCAUAUUUUGGGCCGAUUACGGGGGUGGUUUUUACUCAAUGAAGUCUGUGCGUAUGAUGAUCAGGCCAAUUGACUGAAGAAAAGCAUCAAGAGACUCGCUGAUCUGAUAAAGAUCACCAUACAGCCAUAAUACGUCUGUUUAGGUCUGCGGAGGGUGGGGUAAGAUGAGCCAUUGUUUACAUACAGUAUGUGGUCAUCAAGAUGAA